AUGAAAUUCGAUUUUGGACAUGGACCUGUUGCGCACCCGACUCAUACACCGAGACCGAACGAUGCCACGAUAAAUUUACAUCCGGAAGAGCAUAUCUUACGCGAAGCAAGAACGAUUGAGCUUGAAUGGAAUAUCACGAGGGCUAUCAUUCGUCCGGAUGGCGUGGCGAAGGAAGUGUAUCUUGUCAAUGGCGCCUUCCCAGGCCCGACGAUUGAGAGUCGUCAAGGUGACGAGUUGAAAAUCGUUGUUCGCAAUGUGCUUAGCAACUCGUCUGACGGCCUGGCAAUCCAUUGGCAUGGUCUGCAUGUUAGCACAGAUAUGUAUGGCGUUGCUGGAAUCUCGCAGUGUAGCAUCAUGCCCGCACGCAACUUCACGUAUCGAUUCAACGUGUCAAAUCCUGGUACAUAUUGGUGGUAUGGAGAUCAACGCAGCGAAGGAUUAUUCGGAGCACUCAUUGUUCACAAGCCAUCAAGCUCCGACAGCGAAGGUGGUGCUGAUCACGCAUUUGAGCAGCUCUUGAUGGUCGGCGACUGGUAUCAUCAUCGGCGUGCGAAAGACUUCCUGAAGUUCGGGGCGGAACCGUCGCCAGACUCUAUGCUCAUGAAUGGCCAAGGAUUCUUCGCAUGCUCCAUGGCGUUGCCAAAUCGACCAGUGGAUUGUGAGGACUCGAAAGUACCAUAUUUAUCGAUCGAAGGACGAAGCAGAUUACGUAUUGUCAACACAGGCACGUUGACUGGCAUUUCAAUUUCGAUGAGCGGUUACACCAUGACACUCCUCGAAAUUGAGGGAGGCCAGGAGGUUUAUCAUGUAUCAUCAAGUGGCAUCGGUAUCCUAUACCCAGGCGAGCGAGUAGAUGUCCUCGUGGAAAGGACUGAAGAGCACACCUCUGCUUGGAUAACGAUCACUCUUGACCAGGAACACCUCGACUUUCCAAAUCUGGCUUUGACUACAUCACAGCAGUUUCCGAUUGCAAUGCCACUGGACUUUGAAGGACUAUCUGCUUCAGAAACAAAGACCGGGGUGAAAGUUGACGCUACCCGGGUAAGCUGGAUCGAUCUUGCGACCGCAAAUGCCAGCAACGGACCUCCAGAACCUUUACCAAAGGCAGCAGAGCAGACAAUUGUCCUGUACACGAAUACCAGCUACCCUAAAGAAUACGACUACCGGCCUCGAGGUACCUUUAACCAGACAUCCUGGACUCCAGCAUCGACAGGACCACCAUUACUAGCUCUUCCGACCUCUGCGCGGCCUACAGAACCUCCACCUCUCAUCGUAUCUGUACAGCAAGGUCAAUGGAUAGACCUCAUCAUCCAUAACGAGGAUCGAGUCGGUCACUCUUUUCAUCUCCAUGGACACAGCUUCUAUGUUCUGGGGAAGAAUUCUCUGAGCUUGGAGAGACCGCUCCGGAAGGACACGGUCUACGUGCCUGGUAAGGAAUAUGUUGUGCUCAGGUUCAAGGCCGAGAAUAUUGGUCUUUGGCUACUACAUUGUGGUGUUGUGCUACAUCAAGCUAUGGGACUGAAUAUGUUGGUCGAGGUCCAGCCUGCAGAUCAGCGAGAUUGGGGUCCUUUGAGAGAUAGUGCUGGAGCACAAUGUCAAGAAUGA